AGCGAUGGUAGCACGCCUGCCCCGACUGUAUCAUUCAAAUAUGGAAUACGAACGCGGCCGGUGACUUGUAAAUAACUGGCAACUUUUCAAGUAAAAUAAUUUUGUGUUUUUAAAAUUUUCUAAAAAUAUGUUAAAAAGUGCCAUUGUGUAGGUGAUAAUUUGCGACCAGAGACGUAAAAACGGUGUAAUUUUUUUUUAUCAUGUGACUAAAGUUAUAAUUUAAUAAAAUAGUGAACAUUAUGGACGUAUAAUGUAAUCGAUGAUGUGUAUAAGCGGCUACUCAAAAAUGAAGCUCUUGGCACUAAUUGCGUUGUGUGCAAUAACAUCAGCGCACGACAUAACGCAGUUGAAGGUGCCGUUGUACGCCGACCCGCGGCGCGCCGCCGAACUCAGCUGUCAUUUCCAAAUGAAUGACCAGAAACUACACUCUGUCAAGUGGUACAGGGACAUGAAUGAGAUAUUUAGAUACAAUCCGUCACAGAAGCCAUCAAUACGCCUGUUCAAUGUGACAGGCAUCAUGGUUCAAGGCGGUGAAUGCCAGACGGACUCUUGUAUGGUGCGUGUGAUGCCGCCGCCGAUAGCCACGGGCGCAGCCUACACUUGCGAAGUGUCUACUGAAGGACCCAAGUUCCAGAUCGCGAGGAAAUCAAAACACAUGACCGUUGUUGCGAUGCCGGACGGAGACCCAGUGAUAAUUGGGGCGCCGAAAGUGCUGAAGCCUGGGGAGCAAAUAUUCCUCAACUGCACGUCUGACUACUCGCUACCAUCCGCUGACAUUAAUUGGUACAUCGACGAUGAGCUACAAAAGCCCGAAGCGUGGCAGCGGACGGAGCAGAGCGGGCCCCAGCCGGGGGGUCUACGACGAUCGUGGCGCGUGCUACGAGUCCGCGUGCCCCCCAACGCGAGCGGGGCGAUGCGGGUGCGGUGCGAAGCGAUACUAUCCGUCGAGCCGCCGGUAGUGCGCGACGCGAAUAUCAUCAUAACAAUACAUUCACGCACUCAGCUAUCGAAAUACGUAUCUAAUAAUGCAGGUACAAAACUCGAUGUGAAUGUUGUGUCAUUAGUUAUAAUAUGGACAGUAAAACAAAUAUCAAGGUUUAUGAGCUUAUGAGAGUCGGUGUGUUAUGUGGUCUGGUGAUAUUAGUGUAAGUAUAGUUAAUAAUCGGCCAGUGAUUGAGAUAUUCAACAAAUAAAGUAACUGUAUAUGUGUAGGUCGAUACGAUGUAGCGUCAACCAAAUAGUUAAUUUAAUGCUAGUCAUUUACAAAAAUGAAAGAUAUUAAUGUUUAUCGGAUUUUUGGGGGCUAUUAAAAAAAAUAUAUAUUAAAGUAGCCAAAACAUUCUAAUUUUAACUUAUAAUUUAAGCUGGAUGUCUUUGUAUGUUGGAAAUGUUUGUUGAACAUAAAAUAAAUUAUUUUAAUUAAGGAUUUUUCUAGUUCUUGUUGGUUAUAUAAUAUGUAUUUAUAUGUUUGAUUUGAUUUGUAAGAGCCACGUAUUGCCAAAAAAUCGGCACGGAUUUUUUUCAGCGACUGCCGUGAUCGUGUUAUGUACAUUUGCGUACACUUGAUAUUGUUUCAUACUUACUCAUUGAUUUUGCGAAUAAACUCCCUUCGUAUUUUUUCUGCAGUGUGGCCUUACCCUUAUACACUAGUAACAAUGAACUUUGAAAUAGAUCCUCGAAUCAAUGAAACACUAUUUCAUUACAUUGUUCGCAAUGGUUAAUAGUUCGAAAAUCUUGCUAUUACGGCCAUAGAAUAUGCUCUAUAAAAUCCGAAAAAUGUUCAAUAUUGAAUUCCUGCCGCAAAUACCAAGCACAUAGCGAACUACAAAAUUACCAACGUAUCGAAUCGACGACGCUAUGCUCAAAGCAUUCAUAAUAUAAAAAUUAAAAUGACUAGAAAUCCAUGCGUUUGUAAACUGUAUUAUUUGUUCACAUCAAAACUUGUAGAAGACGCCCAUUAUUAUGGAUCAUAUGAACUUUAGCUGCAAAAUAUUAUUGUUAUAUUGCAUACUGUAUAUACCAACAUAUUUAUUUCAUAAACCUAGACAAUCUGUUGCGAGAAUCACCUAAACAUUGGCGGAUUGUAGGUGAUGUACUAUUGUAUACCUAACUGUCUUAAUGCGCGGAUUAGCACCACUCUCCAAAUAUGAAAAGGUAACACAGUUGAACAUGCAUCUAGUCCAGCCGCACGUCACAUAACAGUAUGAAUUAGGGUGCAGACACAAUAACGUGCUUGUGCGGGUUGAAAACGGUUUGAUCCAUUGUAGUGGGGACAGACCUUUAGAAGGUCAUCAAAAAUGUACCUAACAUAAACGUCUAAACCUAACUGUGUCAUUAUUAUUAGCUAGAUAAUACGGAUCGUCGUAUAAUUUAUGGGUCAAGAUUUCUGUAGCUUGUCUGGGCGUUAAUUAGUUUUUAUAUAAUAAAUAAUAUAUAGUUUAAUAAUAGGCAUUAAUCUAUGGCUGUGUUUCACUUAAGGUAAUGUCAAUUCUUUGCACGACAUCAUCUUUUUAACUAUAUUGUACAGUAACACGAAUUGUUUUUGUUAAUUAUGAUUUAAUUGUAUUUAAAAUUUCAAUGUAAAUUAAAUCUAUGAUAUGGAACGUA